UCUGUCAGAAAUCCACCGGGAGAAAGGCUACAGCUUUAAGAAGUACAAGAUAAGAUAGCCCGUUUUUAGCGCUCGCCGCUCAUCAUUAAAAAUAGCAAAGAGGGUGUGAGUGUAACAGCCUAGCCUACCCCUCACCGUUGAUAGCAGAAAAGUCUACCCCGGAACGUGUAUUCAUUUUGGUCUGGUCUUCAUCCGGGAUUGCUUUGCUCUGAAUUCUCCCUGUCAUGUACGGCAGUUCGGUCUCCGCUCGUAUCAUGUUUUCUUCAAACGGACCGCACAGAUAAAAUAGGCUGUAAUAGCAAUAAGAAUCUACACACCAAUAACUCUGACCGCUGUGUUCGUCUUUUGAAGGUGGAAUAUAUUUGGAUUUUAUAAUGGCGGAUUAAGUGGAGGACAACUGCUUGUUUUUUGAAUAUUAUUAAUCAAGCGCUUUUAUUCGCUGGCUGUUUUUUGACCACAUCAAGAAAGCAACAUGUUUGUUACGAAUAUGUUUAUCAACAACAGACGCCGGUAAUAUAUUUUGUAAAGUUACCAUAAGAGUGCUCGAAUCGAUUCACAAUCCAGGAAGAGAUCCGACGGAUGUACCAAGAUGACCCAACGCUAAACCAAAUAGCUAACGGUUCCUUGAUAUCUGAUUGAGCUAUCCACCGAAUGUACAAACAUACAUUUUGUUUUCCUUUUUUUCCCCCACAUAUUUUCGUCCGAAGAGACAACAGCUCCCCUAAUCGUUUUGAAUUUGUAGCCUACUAGCUAUUUUGUGUGCAUUUAAUAGCCUACUUGGACUUGGGAUCUUCAGAUUGUACUGGAGAAAAUACACUUAGAAAUCUAAAAAAUGGGAAGUCAGGGAACAGGACGGAGAAGAAUUCCCAACAGAGAGAGAUUGACGGCAGAAGAUGAUGCCUUAAAUCAAAUAGCUCGAGAGGCUGAGGCGAGGUUGGCAGCAAAGAGAGCAGCACGGGCAGAAGCUCGAGAGAUCCGCAUGAAGGAGCUGGAGAGACAGCAGAAAGAGAUCUAUCAGGUCCAGAAGAAAUACUACGGCCUGGACAACAAAUGGGGCGACAUUGAGCAAUGGAUGGAAGACAGUGAGAAGUAUUCCCGACACUCGCGGAGAAACACUUCGAUCUCGGACGAUGAGGAGCGGAUGUCUGUGGGAAGCCGAGGCAGCCUAAGGUCGGACCUCGAUCCAGUGGGAGCCUAUGGAGGGGCGAGUGCCGGGGGAUCCACCCACUCGCACAAGAAGUCCAAGAAGAAGAAGAAGAAGCACUCCAAAGCCAGCAAUGGCUAUGAGGAUGGGUACAGCGUAAUGUCCAGUCGGAGCUCACGGCUGAGCGACGAGAGCAAGGUGUCCCGGCCGUCCCGCCUCGACCUGCACCUGGGGAACUACUGCUCUUCCGACCUGUACAGCAGCACCAGCUUGCCUACCUCCAGACUCCAGAGUGCCACCCAGAACGGCUCCCGGCCCUCCCUGCUGUAUAGCGAUGCCCCCCACCCUCGAAGCCACAGGGGCUCAGUGUAUGAGGACAGCCUUUACAGCGGAGCACGGCGGUUUAGCGGCUCCAGCUCUCGCGCUCCCUCAGAGUACAGUGGCUUUCUGGGGUCCAACUCUCGGGCCUCCUCCAGGGCCAGCUCUGCCCGCGCCAGCCCAGUGGAGGACUCUAGCUCAGUGACCAGUUUCCUGCGCAAUGCUGCCAGUGGGAGUGGCAUCCUCAGGGACCUCGAUGACAUCACCAUCCCUGACCUGCCGGACGUGGAAGAGAGGUCAGACAGGGACUUUCUGGAAAAGGGGUCUCGCACCGCUUCGACCCUAUCGGCUGCCACCCUCGCCUCUCUGGGUGGGACUUCCUCCCGGAGGGGAAGUGGCGACACCUCCCUAUCGGUGGACACAGAGGCCUCCAUUCGGGAGAUAAAGGAAAUUCACGAACUGAAGGAUCAGAUUCAGGAUGUUGAAGCCAAAUAUAUGCAGACCCUCAAAGAAGUAAAGGACUCUCUGGUGGAGGUGGAGGAGAAGUACCGCAAGGCCAUGGUCUCCAAUGCCCAGCUGGACAAUGAGAAAUCCAACCUGAUGUACCAGGUGGACACACUGAAGGACUCUCUCAUGGAGCUGGAGGAGCAGCUGUCUGAAACACGCCGCCAGUACGAGGAGAAGGCCAAGGAGUUCGAGCGAGAGAGGCACGCCCACAGCGUGCUGCAGUUCCAGUUCAACGAGAUCAAGGAGACACUGAAGCAGAGCGAGGAGCUGCUGAAUGAGAUUCGGCAGUUGCGGCUGAAACAGGACAGCUUUGUCAGGGAGAUCUCUGACCUGCAGGAGACCCUGGAGUGGAAGGAUAAAAAGAUUGGGGCCUUAGAGAGGCAGAAGGAGUAUUCUGAUGCAAUCCGGAAUGAGCGGGAUGAGCUCAGGGAUGAGGUGGUCCAGCUGAAAGAUGUUCUAAAGAAACACGGGAUAGUACUUGGUGCUGACCUGACAACCAAUGGGGAAGCAGGAGAAGGUGUGAUUGAUGGACUGGCCAAUGCAGACUCUGCCCCCCGAUUGGCCCAGGAUGCCCCGGCCCCCCAUGCGGGUGGUGACAGCAUUCUGGAAAUCCGCCUGAGGAAGCUGGUGGAUGAGAGAGAGACUUUGGUGGAACAGGUGAGGAAACUGAAGGCUCAGCUGGAGCAGAAGCAGAAGAACGGGACGGAGGAGAGUGUGAGCCCCGAGGCUGACGUCCUGGAAAACGGCACCGACCCGCACAUCCUCGAUGUCCAGAGAGAUGCCAACAGGCAAAUCAGCGACCUUAAGUUUAAGCUUGUCAAAUCUGAGCAGGAGGUCACAGCUUUGGAGCAGAACGUCAUACGAUUGGAAGGCCAGGUGACUCGCUACAAGUCUGCCUCCGAGAACGCAGAGAAGGUGGAGGAUGAUCUGAAGGCAGAGAAGCGCAAGCUGCAGAGAGAGCUGCGGGCAGCGCUGGACAAGAUCGACGAGCUGGAGGCCAGCAACAGCCACCUGACCAAGCGUCUGGAGAAGAUGAAGGCCAACCGAAACGCCCUGCUUUCUCAGCAAUAACCACGCCCCAGCCCCCCCCCCCCCCCGCAAACAGCUCACCUCCAACUGGCCAUUGGCGGCUCCGCCCACCCACCGCAACACAUCAUGCUCCAUUUUAAUGAAGAAAAACUGAGAUUAUACGAAACCCUAGAUAUAUCCUCAACUCACGCAACCACACACACAAACACGCUAUGUGCCAUUCUUCAUAGAUAUUAUUAGGUUAUAAUUUUUUUAAGAGAAUGAGUAAUGAUAACUUAGCAAGUGCAUUGACCCCUGGUGGUCUCUUUGUGCCGACGGGGUUGCAGGUGAAACAUUGUGCCUGGCUUCCCUGAAUUGCGCCGGAUCGCGGCCAGGUGACCACGUAACCGGGACAGCUCUGGGCCAUGCUUCAGCUGCACAGGUGGAGAGACAGGAGCCAGGUAGUGCAGCAUUCUGGGACAGAAGGGCUCUCAGAGCGGCCUCGGGUCAGAAUAGACAGUACGCGGUGUGAGUGAGCAGGUGAGCUGUGUCUCCCCACAUACCACGGCAUACCUGCCCAGUGAACUGGCUGUAUCUGACGCACGCCCGGCACCUCACACUACACCACGCCCCCUCUUGACCGCGCCAGCCAAUGAGUUCCGUCCCCUCUGCUGCCUGGCUGCAUGGACCAGGCCAGACCGUCAGUUCUUCGUCUGGUUCAGGACAUGGUGCCGGACCCAGCGCGCUCCUCCUGCUUCUACCUUGCAUUUUCUCUGAGGGACACAUUUUUGCUUUUUGUUUCUCCUCAAACAGUAAUAACGAGGUCAACAGACUCUGUCUCUCUGCUUGUGACCCCAGCCAAACUGUGUGACGUUUGUGUGCACACACACGCUUUUCCUCUUUUGUUACCUGUGUACGUGUCCACAGUCACGGUGUGUCUAGCAGACAGUAGAGGUAGUGAGGCUCCAGCGUCCUCUUAAUCAGGAGCUAACUUCUCUCUUUUUCUAUGUUUCAUUUCGUUUUGUUUUGGCACAAAGAAACGCUAAAGCCAUUGUCACGGGAAGUAUAUCGGCACUUGUGGUUUCACCAACUUUCAUUUUCAUCUGGUCUUUGAGGAGAAAAAAACCAAUGGAAUGAAUAAUGUGCUGCAAUAAUACUGACUUCUUGUUGAAUGUAUCGGUUGUUGCAUUGACACUCGAACCUCAACAGCCUGACUCUCUCCAAACCAAUCCCAUAGGUAUGCAUAGGUCAGCAUUCCAUGCCCCCAAAGCUCUGCAGUCCGAAACGUGCCGGGCCCCGAGAUGACAGCAACGACGUGAGGAGGGGGGCUGGGUGGAGCAGAGGAAAGCCCCUCCCCCUCCCCACCCUCUGGCCCUGCCCCCAGCCUGCUGUCGCCUAAUCCGUGGAUCCCACAGCUCUGGGAGUCUCUGCAUCACCCUGUUUACAAAGCUUUAAAAUCGUUUUUAAAAAAAAGAAAGGAAAGAAUUGUAAUCUUUGUGCAAUAUUUGAAAUGUCUAUUAAAGCUGAA